AGAGCUAUUAAGAAGGGAAAUAACUCUAAUUUGUUUACCAUUGGUUUCGUGGAGAGCCGCCCGAACGUGUUCAUUGAUGAUACAAUAGAAGAUAAAGAAAAACACAUUUUUAUGAAUGGAGGUUAAUUAUCUCAUUCGCCCACGCAUAACGUUACACGUGUGAUCUCUAUCGAGCUGACGCGAAUUCCACAUUUUACAAUCGAUUUCGAGUUUCCUCUAACAAUUGACAACGUUUGAUACGGUAGGACAGUGAUGAUCCUAAUGAUCUAAUUUUGUGUUUCUGCGUGAAUGUGAGCUGUGACGACGCCUUUGUGUGUAAAACUGCUGAUUUUAAAAGUUCUAAACAUGUUUUCGACACCAUUACAAAGAAGACAGACUAUUAUUUUUGUGUUGGGAUGGCUGGCGUAUGCCUCGACUUAUUUGCUGCGAAAACCACUUGGUGUUGUUAAGACGGAUUUAGAGACGUCUUUGUCGAUCGGGAAGACACAGCUGGGCUGGUUGGAUACUGCUCUCCUCCUGCCAUACGCUGUGAUGCAGAUGUUGCUAGGUCCACUAGGAGACAGGUUUGGACCAAGAAGGACAUUUGGCGUCUGCCUUCUGAUGUCGGCCCUCUCAAUGGGUACAUUUGGACAUUGGAGUAACUUUUGGACUUUCUGUGUCCUACUUUUCAUUAAUGGAACAGCACAGGCCCAGUGCUGGCCCAACUGCAUUAAAUGCCUGGGCUCCUGGUACCCAGACAGCGUCAGAAACAGCAUGUUCGGGAUGUUUGGAACGUGUGCUUUUGCUGGGGGCAUUAUGGGAACUUCUCUAGCAGUCUACUUACAAACCACUUACUCCUGGAGAAGUGCCUUCUUUCUUCCAUCCGUCAUAGUGGCUAUACUUGGGGCAGUGGUCCUGAUGUUCUUUACUACUCCGGAUGAACAGGAUGUAGAAAUCCCUGGGAAAUUGCAGAGUGGCACAGCAUCGAAAUCUUCAGGAAACACCACCUGGCUUCAGAUGUGGAAAAUUCCGAUGUUGCCUGAGGUUGCUGUUGCUGUGUUUUGCUUAAAAGUUGUGAGAUACUGCAUGUACAUGUGGCUUCCUAUGUACCUACUUAAUGCUUUGAAGUAUACCAAGGCACAGGCGGGCAUGUUUUCCACGACGUUUGAAAUUGGGGGAGUGUUAGGAAGUGCUGCCAUAGGUAUCGUUAUAGACAGAUAUUUUAAGGGCCGCUCUUUGACCGGUACCUGCUACUCCAUCGCUUUGUCUGCUGUCUCACUCCUAGCCUUCUACUUGACCAGCACCUGGGGGAUCGUUUUUAACACAGUGUUCAUGUUUUUAGCCGGAGUUUUCAACUGUGGGCCGGACAGUAUUCUAGGGGGAUCUAUUCCGAAUGAACUGGGGGAGAUGGAUGGCCGGAAUGCUGCUGCGGCUGCAGUGGGACUGGUCAAUGGGUUUGGCAGUGUUGGCACCUUUCUGGAAGGCCCAGUCAUCGGGAUGAUAUCGGCAAAUUACGGCUGGUCCGGAAUGUUCUACCUAAUGAUUGGCCUCUCUGGUCUCGGAGCGUUGGCGGUAUUACGUGCCAUGUCUAUAUAUAACAAGCGGCAGGGCAAAAUACCUGAUGCGAUACCAUUGAAAAUGGAGGAUGUUGCAUAGAAUGGGGAUGCAAUACUCUAGAAAUACUGCUGUGGUUGCGACCUUUCACCUGCUGAUAAGUUGCCGUGGGGAUUCCUGGAUGGUGUUUUUGUAGUGAAGGGGCGGUCAACUGUCGCCUGGUCAAUAUAGACCAGAGCAUACUUGUGUAGUCUGGUUACAUAACCAUGGGAAAUACUUAUUUUUUUAAUUAUAUUUAUGUCCACCAUAAUGGAACAUAUGGGGGGGGGGGGGCAUAUAGUUUUCGGUCUGCCUGUCUGUCUGGUAGUCUGUUGUUUUAACUUUAACCUUGAGAGGAUGGUGAUAGGGCUUUCACCUUUCAUAUUUCACUUGUAUAUUCCUUGUGACAUGACCUUUCUUUUGGUGCCAAAAGUGUUUACCUUGUAGCCUUCACCUUUUGAGUUUGACCUAUUUUUUAAAAACUUUAAACCUUAGCCAUAACGUUUGAAUGGGUGGUUAUAGGGAUUUAAUAUUUCACAUGUGUAUUCCUGGUGAGAAGACCUUUCUUUUUGGCUGGUCAUGGUAGCGCAGUGGUAGAACGUUUGCUUCGUAGCUGGAAGGUCAUGAGUUCGAGUCCUGCUUGUGCCAUGGCUGCGUCAAAUCCAAGAUGUAAACAUAGGCAUUGAUUGCUCCUUCGCCAAACACUCGUAGUUUAGAAGUGAGAAUCAUUGGUCUUUUGGAUAUGACCUUAAAAGCAAAGGUCCCGUGUCACAUCAGGUAUUGACAUGUGAAGGAACCCUCACUGCUACGUCGUAAGUGAUAAGCAUUGGUCUAAAUUUGUGGUACGUACCUCACCUACAACUGGUGACGUCUCGGUAUGAGUGAAAAAUUCUCAACGGGACAUAAAACAACCAACCAAGAACCUUUCUUUUGGUGUCAGAAUUACUUUAUGGGGGCAUCAGUGUAACACAUGUUGUGGGUUUUUUUUAUUAUCUGUUUUCUAAAUCGUGGUUACAGAGAAGAGAUUAUUAAUCAACCACUUGUUAAGUACUGUAUUACAUUCACUGCUGUCAAUUCAAAUGUCAACAUCAACAGGGAUGAAAUCCAGUGUUAAUAUUUAUAUACAUGUACUUGUUUUUUUUAGAAUCCCCAUGUUACAUACAGGAGAUUUUUUUGAAAGAUGUUUUGUAAUAUUUAUGUAUGCCGUCUUUAGUAGCAGAGCAGACUGAGACUCAUCUACGUAAUAUAGAUGAUAAGAGAUUGACUUAGGGAUAAUUAUUUUUGAUAUUUUAUAGUACGAUGAAUGUACAUCAUGAAGUAAGUGAUAGAAUUUGAUAUACCUCUUGCACCAAACCCAUUUCUUCCUGUGGAUAUAUAUAUAUAUAUAUAUAUAUAUAUAUAUAUAUAUAUUAUUUAUUUAUAUAUGCAGUGUUCUAUAUACAUUGUAUAUGUAUAGAUUGAAUUUAUAUUUAGUGUUACAUGUAUAUGUCUCUGAUAAAGAAUAAUUAGCAAAUGUCUAAAGUUUGCUAUGUACAUGUACUCUAUUGUAAGAUACAGAGUUAUCUGCCCUUCAUGUGAUAAAACAGAAAUCUCUACCAGAGGGUGCUAUACAGUCUUCACAUUCAAAUAAAGCACGUGUGUGUGGCCUGCUGGUAAAGAUUAGAUGAACAAACUACUUCUGUGAAAGGGUCAUGUUACAAAUCAUACUAACAUUCAUUUGUAUCCUUGUUUUAAAUAAGUCACCCUCUGAGUGAUAAGUCACCCCCUGAGCGAUAAGUCACCCUCUGAGCGAUAAGUCACUCUCUGAGUGAUAAGUCACCCUCUGAGUGAUAAGUCACUCUCUGAGUGAUAAGUCACCCUCUGAGCGAUGAGUCACCCCCUGAGCGAUGAGUCACCCCCUGAGCGAUAAGUCACCCUCUGAGUGAUAAGUCACCCUCUGAGCAAUGAGUCACCCCCUGAGCGAUAAGUCACUCUCUGAGCAAUAUCUACAAAGUCUGCUAGUUCAUUUUGUUAAUCAAGUUGUGAUCAGCUAUCAGGAUUCUCCCUCUUUAGUUAUUUAUCUGUGUAGAAUUAUUCAUCUGUUAUAGAAUUAUUUAUGCAAUACCAUUUUCUAGUAUCUGUGAUGCGCUUGUGUUAUUUCUGAAGAUGACAAUACAUAGUACGUGUACAAACGUACUAUUCAUUGAAGAAUUGGAAUGCAAUAAAGGAAUUUCUUUUCACUGACUUAGA